AGACCCUGGGAACACACACAUGCCAAAUGAGGGUGCUUUAAAAGAGGUUUCUUUAAUUCAUCUUGCCAGUUAUCAGCUAAAACGUUUCAUAAGCCAUUUAGCUUUUGUCAUGUAAGAUGCUGGAUAUCUAACUGCUAAUUCAGAUCAGAUAUUGGGUUUGCUAAACUGUCUUGCUGAAAUGGAAAUAACUGCAGAAAGAGGGGAAGUGGUGAAGUGCAGAAGUAACUCGCCUGAUCAAGAGCAUCUAAAGGACAACUUGAAGGUGACAUCACUUAAGGACACCAAGCACCUCCACAGCAAGCAGCCCUCAGGUGGCACUGUGUUGUGUGAAAAAGAGUCCAGGCACUGCAAGUCAAGACACAUGGCUGUGCCUUGUCACCCCAUUAUGGGAGGGGCAAGGAGCUCAAAAGAAAUUCUGUCCAUGCAGCCUUCAGACAUGGACAAAAAGAGAGAAACUUUCUUGGAGCACCUGAAGCAAAAGUAUCCCCACCAUGCUUCAGUCAUCAUAAGCCACCAGGAGAGACUUCGAGAGCAGAACCGGUGUGCCAGGGCAGGUGUGGUGUGCUCAAGUCUCGUUCCAGCAUUCAGUGAUCUGCCAGAUCUUGGCUUGCCGGUGUCUCUGGACACUUUAGAGGUCAUGUCGGAGUAUGAAGUGCCCGUUGCCUUCACCCGUGGCUCCCGCUCCCGGGCCAGCCUUCCUGUGGUGCGUUCUGCUAACCAGACCAAGGACCGCUCACUAGGUGUGCUGUACCUGCAGUAUGGUGAUGAGACAAAGGAAAUUCGGAUGCCCAAUGAGAUCACAACUGUAGACACAGUGCAAGCUUUAUUCGUCAGCGCCUUCCCACAGCAUCUCAGCAUGAAAAUGCUUGAGUCGCCAAGCACAGCUAUCUAUGUCAAAGAUGACAUGAGAAACAUGUACUAUGAGCUGAAUGAUGUCAGGAGCAUCACAGAUCAUUCAUGUCUGAAGGUUUACCACAAGGACCCAGCACAUGCCUUCAGCCAUGCAGCUCGACCCACCACUGGAGAUGCUAGGAUGCAUAGAGAAGUAAUGUACACAAGUCGAGAUGCUCCUCCUUUGGUACGUCAGACAUCAAACAGCCCAUCUCUUGUUCCAACUCCUCAACCGAUGCAUAGAGAAGUGAUGUACACAGGUCGAGAUGCUCCUCCUUUGGUACGUCAGACAUCAAACAGCCCAUCUCUUGCUCCAAGUCCUCAGCCGGUAACUGCUUUGCCUUCCCGCAUCCCUUUUGGUCCCCGCUCAUCAGGGGGAGGAGCCACUAUGCCUCGGGAGAGACCAGGCCACCCAGUGGCCACGCCUUCCCACUCACCUUCGCCAUGCCCCAGUGCCAUCCUUGAACGGCGUGAUGUCAAGCCAGAUGAAGAUGUCUCUGCCAAAGGCAUGGGAAGGGGAGGAGAGGGAAUCUACAGUGAUGCCUUUCUGUUACAUCACCAUGCUCCAUCCUCAGAAACACUGGACCAAGGGUACCAUCGCACUUCUGUCCGUUCUUAUGGCGUUACUGGAAUGACUAUGGAGUCGACAGAGCAUCACUCACUGUUUCGACAGAAGAGUUGGAAGACACCACCCCCGUCGCCACACAGAAUGGGUGAGAUGAGGAUAAUUGACGUCCAGGCCAGCCAAGGUCAAGGCACUUUGGGUCUUGAAAGAUCAUCACCUGUUAGACAAUCAUUUAGAAAGGAGGGGCCUAUUGCUGUGGUUAAAGGCAGGAAUGCAGUGGGGUCCCCUGUGACCUCUGAUCUACAGGGACAUGGCCCUCCGGUGCCACCUGGUGAACCUCAGGCACGAGAGAGAAUGAGGGCUAUGGAGGAGCAGAUAGCCAGUUUGACUGGCCUUGUGCAGCAUGCAUUACUAAAAGGUCCCAGCAUUAACAGAGGUGACAGGGAGAAUGGCAGUGACAGAUCUGUGAAAUCAGGAUCACCUGUACACAGCACAUCUAGCACAGGAGCUUCUUCUCCGGUGCUUGGAACCAAAACUGCCAAUAUUACACCUGAGAGUAACUCAAACCCAACGCAUCCCAUUAGUGCAAUCCCACUACACGUGAACCUCCUACAUUUCAGGAAGAACAUCUCUGGGCUACGCCUCCAGUUGCAGGAGAUGAGGCAACUCCAGUUGCAGAAUCAGGAGUGUGUGCGUGCUCAGAUUAAACAUGUUGAACAAGAGAUCAGUGAAAGGCUGGCUGAAGUGUUGAGACGACAAGAGGAUCCUGCACAGAGACAGCGAGCUCUAGUCGAGGAAGAGAGACACAAAUAUCUCAGCAUGGAAGAAACAGUUCUUUCGCAGUUAGGGGAUCUGGAACAAUACAUAGAGUCUGUGAGAAAGGACUCGAGCUCGGCCACAUCUGUGAGACCGAUCACCCUGAAGGAAGUAGAGGAAGGAGCAGUGGGCCUGAGGAAGGUUGGAGAAAGUCUGGCAUCACUCAAAGGAGAGUUCCCGGCACUGCAAGGGCGAAUGAGGGCUGUGCUCCGAGUGGAGGUGGAGGCUGUGAAGUUUCUCAAAGAAGAGCCACACAAACUGGACAGCAUGCUGAAACGAGUCAAAUCACUUACUGAAACUCUUAGCACUUUGCGAAGGUGUGCCACAGUGGGUUUAAUGAAAUCUUCAGAUUCGGUCAUUACAACAGUGGUGGAUGAGGCAGAGCCUCCUGCUGAUCUACACAACACACUCACUUUGCUUGAGCCUCAGAAAUCUUCUGUGAGUUCAGAGGUUGUUAUCUCCCAGCCUCUGGUACCCCACUGUUCCCAGAGUAAUAUCCCACCCACUCCUGAGUUACCUACAAAGCAGACCAGCAACAAGAGGCAUGUUGAGAUAUGCAGCUCAGCUCAGCCAGAACUCACACCAGCACUGGGCAGCAGCAGUGGAGCAGCUCUUAGCGUUGCCCAUUUGAAUGGAUCUUCCAGCAAUGGAGCUUCAAGCCUAUUUAUUGAGGAGAUCAUAAGUCACAGCAAGGGCAAAAAUAGAGCCCCUUCCAUUGAGGCGGCUGAGAAAGAGUGGGAAGAAAAGCGACAGAGCAUGUCUCAUUAUGAUGGGGGGGAGUUUGAGAAGAUGCUGCAGGAAGCAGAAGCCAACAUGCUGAGGGGAAUACCAAGCAUGGAAGUUAUAGGUGAGGGUUGCAUUAGGUCAAGCCCUGCUGUAGUGCCUGCUUCUGCCAGAGAAGAGCGAGAGGAAAAACCCAAGCCUUCUGCACCUCCAACACAAGAAGACAAGCUGCCCGAUAUGCCCAGCUCUGAGAUGCCCACUAAAACUGGACCGGAUAAAGCUUUAAAACCUCAAUUUGAAAAGGCUGCUAAAGCAGCAGCAGUGUUAGGUAAACCUGUGAAACCAAACCUGUCAAUCAAAACAAGCUUGGAGAGACCACCAAAGUCUCAGGAUAAAGCCACUAAAACAAUUCAGAGCUCAGAGAAGACCAACAAAUCUCCCCCUCCACCUCCCCCACGCAGGAACUACAUCAACAGCACAGGGGUCAUCAGCACCCGCUCAGGAGAGGUCGUAUACUCCUGCAAGAAGGAGUCUGGAUCUACACAGGAAGGUGAAUUUGAGUCUCCAAAUCCAGCACCUCAGCACAAACCAAAAAGCUCUCCAGACGUAAAGCCCAAGCUGUGCACUUCUCUUCCUGUCACACCUUCUGCCAUUCUAGAAGAGGAAGAUGAUGGGGACAAGAUUGUGGCAGAACUGCAGGCUUUCCAGAAGUGUUUGGUUAAGGACAUAGAGCCUAAAGGUAUGGUAGAGCCACAGGUCAAAGAGCUAAGAUCUGGGGCCUUACUGCCUCUCAAAGAUAAGAAGAAUACAGAAAUCCAGGAUAACAAAGAUCUUGUCAUGGAUGAAAAUGGCAACAACACAGUACGUCAAAAUACAGGGGUCAUCUAUUAUGUCACAGCACAGAUCACCAAGGAGCCUCCUGAGGAGUCAUCUGACCAAAGAGUUGCAUCUCUGUCAUCCCCAUCACAGGUGUCACAUGUCACUACUUAUGAGAAAUCCAAAAACAAGCAGCUGGUAUCCUCAGAUGGCCUAUCUGGUAUCCCAGGCCAUGGCCAAGACAACAUUUGGAGCCUUCCUAGUGAUCUACCAUAUAAACCACUGACUUGUUCAAGCCCAAUCAAGGCAAAGGAACAGGGCCCAGGUAGCCCUACACAGGGGAAAGUCCAUAUAGUCAAGGUUCCGCAGGUGCAGCUUAGCAUAGAGGAGACAGUGGAGUCUCCAGCAGCAAUUUGUACACCAGUCUCACUGGGUGGCCCUAACCUCAUUCACUCUAAAGUACCUGCACAUCAUGGUGAGUUGAGUUCAGCAAAUCAGCAGGAGGUGUUUAGUUUGCCCAAGACUAGGGAGGGCAAGUAUGAAGAAGUUGAAAGUGAAAUGUUCCUCAAUCCUGACUCACCAGAAGAAGAACCUCCCCCUCCUCCUCCACCUGAUAAUAUUGCCUUCAUGAUCACCAACACCAAAGUGCAGGCUUUGUCCACUGGCGAGUACCAGGAGCUUGUAAAUGCUAAAAAAGGAAAUGUGCAAACUGUGACUGUAGGCAGCAAACCACAGAAUAAACAUGGGAGUGAUAUUGCUGAAAAAAGUGAAUUCAGUAAAAAGCCAGUCAUCAUCAUUUUUGAUGAACCAAUGGAUAUACGCUCAGCCUACAAACGCCUUUCCACCAUUUUUGAGUGUGAAGAGGAGCUAGAAAGAAUGUUGGCUGAAGAAAGGAUAGAGGAAGAAAGUGAGGAAACAGAGGAUGAGGAUAAAAGAAAUGGGGGAGUACAAGUAGCACAAGAUAGGGUUAAGAGGAAUUGUGAAAAAACACAAAAAGGGGCAAACCCUGUUUCUUCAUCACAGAUAUCUGAUGGGGGGACUGUGACACUGGCUACUAGUGAUGCCAAACAGGAUGCUAAGAAGAAGUUCAAGUUUAAAUUCCCUAAAAAGCAGUUGGCAGCUCUAACACAGGCCAUCCGCACUGGUACUAAGACAGGCAAGAAGACUUUACAAGUGGUGGUGUAUGAAGAUGAGGAGGAAACAGAUGGUACGAUUAAACAACACAAAGAGACAAAGAGAUUUGAAAUUUCUUGCUCUAAGCAGGAUAACACAAAAUCAGAUUCUGUUGCCCAAGAAUCACAUGGAAGGACAGAAGAGAUCCGAAAGAGCACUUACAAGACACUUGAUAGCCUUGAACAGACUAUCAAACAGCUUGAAACCACAAUCAUUGAAAUGGGACCAAUGUCUUCUAAUGAUCUGCUGCCCAAUGAAUGCUCUAAACUCCAUAGCAGCCAGGGAGCAGAGGCUUUAGACAAAGUAGCUCCUCAGAAAACUUUGGCCACCAAAACUUCCAACUCCAGCAAGCGCCCUAGUCUUCGGAAGAAGCCCAAACCACAUGUUCUUCCUCGGCCUGCUGUGACCACUACAACAGGAGUGUCUGUCACCAGAGCUCCUCCUCAGCAGAAUGUCAACGUGGCCUCUCCUACUAGUCGGAUGCCAGUGCCCAUGUCUGCCAAAACCAGGCAGCAACCAGGCACCUCAGACAGAGAGAGGGCAACAAAACAGCUAAAGCUGCAAGAUUCACAGAGGCAGUUUCGCCAGGCUAAUGGAAUUGCUAAAAGAUCUGGAGGAGAUCCAAAAUCCACUUCCCCUACAAUAUCUGCCUCUAAAAUCCCUGCUUUUUCCACUAGUACAGGAAAAGCUGCUUCUCAGUCUGAUGCUACUAACUCCAUUAACCACUCUGCUGUUCUCACUUCAUCCUCCUCCUCUUCUAAGUCUUCCAUCCCCAACCCUCGCUCAAUCCCAAACUCUUCCUCACAGAUUCCCUCCUUUUCUAAUGGUUCUCUUAAGCUUGCACAGUCCACUCACAACACUAAAAGCUUGUCCUUAUCCACACAGACCCAAAAUGGAAGAUAUUCCUCCUCUUCCUCUUCCCACUCUGCUCUGUCCCCUACCAUGUUGUCACAGGUUUCAAAGAGUAUCCGAACUAUUCACACGCCCAGCUUCAUCAGUUACAGUCGGCCACACAAUGGGAGUGCUGGGAAAUCAGCUAUUCCCACAGCAACAAGCACCAAGGACACGUCAUAGAAUGCUCAACUGCUCUGCCAUCAUUUCUGCUUCUGUCCUAAUGAGGUAGUGCUGCUCCUAAUUUGCUCAAAUACAGUAUACCCUUUUUCUUGUUUUAUUCUGAUUAUUUUGCAGUUACAUUACAUCCAGUUCUGUAUACUUUCAGUGUGUUAAUUUUUUCCACUUAGACCUGUUGCUCUUGCUUAUUCAUACAUUACAUUUUUUUUGGAUCCUCACUCCAUUUUAAGUGUUUUAAGUCAUGGUACCAGAAUACUUAUAUACUCAAAAGUAUUCCUAAAUAAAUACAAGAUAGAACUGGAUGCUCAUAUUA